UGUUUCCACGGUAACCAAACUUAUAAGUCCCGCCUCUCGGUUUCAAGAACCAAUCAGAGUCCGCAUCCCAUCAGCCGCGAAUUGCAAACUUCCUACUCUGUUCAUAUAUUAUGUUCCUACUGCAAUAUAUCAACCAUAACAUACAUAUUUGUAGAACAUUUAAGGCAGUAUGAGCACAGAGCAGCCCACAGAAACUCACUGUAGUGCAAAUAAUUGUCCAGUUUCGACACCGGAGGGCAACGACUUGAAGAAAGCAGCACUGAGAAGAACUCCAUUCUCAAAGUGUAGGAGAGUUAACUCCAAUUUCAAAUCACCUCUUCAAGUAUCUGGGAGUCUUAAAGUUAGCCCUGCAGAGGAGGUGGCAGAGCUCGAGAGGACAAGAGAGCAGCUGGACACAGAGAUAGCACAGCUGGAAGCUGAGGGAUACAGUGUAGAGGAGCUGGAGCAUCAUAUUGAUAUGUUGCAUGAAUACAAUGACAUCAAAGACAUUGGACAGUCACUCCUGGGCCGUAUUGCUGCUCUGAGGGGGACCACCACACGAGAUCUCUACAGUCACUUUGGUCUGGAACUCGAUGACUGAAAAAGGGAAAGAAGACUGAGAAAAAAAAAAUGUAUGAAAAUGCAGUGGUGAGAAUGGUUCUUCAGAACGAGGGGAGAGGGUUUGGGUGUUAACCCCUGUUCCUUCAGGCAGAAAUCUGCCCAUUUUCUUUGUGAUUCUGUUUUCACCUCUUUCACAGAGGAGAGAUUUGAUUAAUGAGCAAAGGGAGACCAGAACGGUGUUAGUCCAGCAGGCAGGCCUGAUAUUUGAAACAGGCCACCUACUAAAACCCUUGUAGGUAACUUAAGGCUGUGACAGGCUACAAAUGUUUAUGAGUUUGUCCUACCCUGCUUGUGCAACUUGGAGAGGACCUGUUUUGUUUAAACAUUUCUAACAUCUAAA